AUGGCGUCGCAAGUCCCGACCCAGGCGAAUAUCCAGUCGACGCACCCGUUUACGUGCAACACAUGUCAGGUCGCCUUCCGCUCGAGUGAGCUGCAGCGGGCGCACAUGCAAACCGACUGGCACCGCUACAAUCUGAAGCGCCGAGUGGCUUCCCUACCGCCGCUGUCCUCCGAAAUCUUCACGGAGAAGGUCCUCGCGAACAAGGCGACUGCUGCCGCCACUGCCGCCAAGGCCUCGUUCGAAAAGUCGUGCACCAUCUGCCAGAAGACAUACUUUAGCGAGAAUGCCUACAACAACCAUCUCAACAGCUCCAAGCACCGCACAAAUGCCAUGAAGGCCGGCAGGGGCCCGCAAAUAGACGAUGCAGCCUCCGUCAGCGGCUCCAUGGUCAGCUCAGCAUUUUCGCUGGGCGAGUCUAUGGCUGAGACCGAGUCCACUGUCAAUGGCGAUGUCGAGAAGGACGUCUCCGAGGUUGCCGACGGCAUCAAGAACGCCAACCUGGACGCAGAGGCGCCAGUCUCCGGUGAAGCCGACGACGACAAGAGCUCCGUAGCCACAUCUGCCAAGGUCCCCAGCGAUCCUUUGUUGGACUGCCUGUUCUGCAACUACAAGUCGCCCAGCUUCUCGCUCAACGUCAACCACAUGGGCCGGUUCCAUGGCAUGUUCGUUCCCGAGCGUGAGUUCUUGGUCGAGCCAGAGAACCUCGUCAAAUAUCUCCACGACAAGAUUCACGUCAACCACGAGUGCUUGAAGUGUCACAAGAUUGUUCACACGCCAGCGGGUAUCCAGACACAUAUGCGCGAUCGGGGCCACUGUAUGAUUGCUUUCGAAUCUGAUGCUGAGCUCGUCGAGGUUGGACAAUUCUACGACUUCCGGAGCUCGUACCCGGAUGCUGCCGAAUUUGAGGACAUGGAGGACGCUGAGAACUCAGACGAUUCCGCAUCAACGCAAGGAGGCGUCAAGCUUGGAGCUAAGCGCGAGACAGUCACCACCACCGAGGACAGCGCUGCCAUGUCCAGCAAUGAGGAUGAUCAGGGCUGGGAAACCGACAGCACAGUAUCAAGUGUACCGACAGACGAGAUCACAGCUGUUCCCAUCGACCGUACUCAUCGCUUAAAGUCUCUCAACAAGUCGAAGCACCACAACCAUGCUGACCCAAGACCACAUCGCGCGGCAGAUGGCUUCCACUCGCAUGCUCAUGGCACUCCUCAUGCCGUGUACCACGACGACUACGAGCUUCACCUGCCGUCUGGACGUACUGCUGGUCACCGUUCGCUGAACAAGUACUACCGCCAGAACCUGCGCAACUACCCAGGCGUAGCAGAGCGCAUGGAGAACGCACAACGCCGCCUGACUGCCGGCUCAGCAUCCGGCGAGGACAGCGACGUUGACAUGGAUGACGAGGAGGGUGAGGAGGGCCAGCAACGUCAAGGCCGUGGCCGCCAGCAGCUCAUCACCCGCGCCAACGGCGGCAUGGGCAUGAUUGGCGUCAGCGACGCGAAGAAGACGGAGGUAGCAAUUGCUGAGAAGCGCGAGCAGAAGCGUGCCGAGCGAGCAAAGAACCGGUACCAAGCCGGCAACGAAAAGCGCGGCAAUUUCCAGAAGCAUUUCCGCGACCAUCUUCUGCAGUAG